AUGCAGCAGCACAAGCACGGGUCGAGCACGACUGGAUCACAGCCAGCAGAGAGGGCUUCCUCCGGCCACCAGAGCAAGAGCAAGAUGUGCUCAUACCACCUGCAAGGGCACUGCUCAAAGGGCUCCUCCUGCCUAUUUGCACACAGCCCCCACGAGCUGCAACAUCCUCCAGCUCCUACAGUGCGCAAUGGAGCCUCGGCAGCAGCAACCCACAGCACGCCCUCCUAUGAAGCCCGCGAGAAUGGUCAUGUCAACGCCAGGGAACUCAAAGGGAACAUGGCUGCUCCGCCAGUGAACGCUGAACCCUUCGAGGACGAUGAGGCACCAGACUCGUUCUGCUGCCCCAUCACCCAUGAGAUAUUGCGAGAUCCAGUCGUCGCAUGCGACGGGGGUGCACUGUAG